ACAAUAACCAGGAGCGAGCUACCUGCGAAGCCACAUCUCUCCUUCCACUUCAUCGAUAGUACGCAUCUCCAUAUUCAGGUAAAUAACAUCGUCUGCAUGCCGCGCGCCCCUAAUAGCAUCUCGAUCACAUUUUUGUGUUCUUGACUUCUCCUCUGGAAGCCUUGUUGUUUAACAAAGUUAUAUCAGUCGGUCGAUCUUUGGACCCACAUGUAAAUCUUGGUCCGCGUCCGCCGUGCAGUGCAGAGGCACAAGCUAAGCCAUGAGCAACGGUGGUAACCGCAGCAGGGGCGGCGCGAGGUUCGAGCUGCAGCUGCACCUGUCGCCGCCGCCGCCGGCUAGGAGGGUGGAGGUGGACGGCGGAGGCGACGGCAGCGACUCGUCGUCGUCCCCGAGCUCGUGCGUGUCGUCGGACGGCAGCCCAGGGAGCAAGUCGCCGAUGGUGAUCGGCGCCUGCACGCGGUGCAUGAUGUACUGCAUGGUGGCCAAGAAGGACUUCCCCACCUGCAUCAACUGCAAGCAGCCCUGCCUCGUGGACCUCCUCCACUGCUCUGGCGCCGGCGGCAGCGGCGGCAAGGCCAAGUGAAAGGACGGUCAGCGUGUCGUACCGUACCCCGGCCGUCGGUCCAGUUGAUGCUCAUACGGAUGGUUAGCUCAGACCUUAGCUUGUGGGCUUUGUGCGCUCAUCUCGAGGCGCGGUGGGGGAGUGACCGCCGUUGGAUCAUCCACUGGAUGGACAUGGCCUACUUGGUUUAGUAAUAGGCUAGUGUAGUACUCCCCCUAUUAGCUAGCUGCUGAUGCUAUUAGCUUAUCUUCGUUUAUGAUGUUGUUGCUUCUUUAACCGCGGCAUCGGUAUGUGAUCGCCGGCGUGGUUCACUGCCUAUUAUUGUUGCUGGCAAUGGUUUUUAGCUGUAACAAUGCUAUGUUUAAAUGGAGAAUGUCAUCUUUCGAUGGUUGUUUCUA